AUGGACAAUGUGCCGCCUGGACCAUACCUUCCACAAAAAGUGCAGACCAAACUGCAGAUAACCUCGCCAUAUGCUGGGUGGAAUUUAUAUUUUCCUGAUCAGAUGUAUUCAGAUCAUUCACCUAUAGUGGAAAAAGUUCAAGUCUUUGAGAAAUAUUUUGUGAGCUGGAAUAAGUUGUUUGACUGGGUAAGCUGUCAUUGUCUGGUAAAGUCUUUAAAUGUGGGUCUUUUAAAAAAAAUUCAAUUUUUUAAAGGGGUAGGUAGGUAGUGGUAGUAAGAGGAGGGUAGCAGAAUAGGGAGAGGAUAGUUAUGAAAGGGGGGAAUACAUUAAAAGUGACAUCCUUGGUCUAUAAUUUAAACAAAUUGAUAAAAAAUGAACCUUUUUUUUUUUAGGAUGAUAUUGAACAGAAAGGAUUUUUUGUGCUGGACUAUAAAGAGCUGUAUGCAGAUCAAAGUCAGUUUUUUAAAGUCUCUUUCUCCCUUCUAAAUUUUGUAAAUAUUGGCUGCUCAUGUGCUUUGUAAGGCAGUAAUUUAAGCAGGAGCAGAAUGAAUGUAUAUUAACUUAAAUCUUGUUUAUGAAAAUUUUUUUUACUGUACAAGAAUAAAUGACUUUAAAAUGGUUCCCUGAACAAUCAACUUCAAUUUUUUACUUAUAAUUUAUAUUACCCAGAUGAAGUUAACACACAGUGUGUGUUCUACUUUGCGGGUCCCAUUAAGCAAACAUUUUCUAUUGAGUUGAAUUUAGCUGUGCAUACUCCAUAACAAUGGUUGGAAACCUUUUGGUAUUAGCAUGCCAAAGUAAGACUUAUAAUUUCAUUCCUCAUGAUUAUGCCAAUAACUUAAAAGUCUACCAUGUAUCAGUAUUGUCACAUCCAUAAUUAUUCUACACCUUUGCAAACCAAGCAGAAGUUUUUAUUUUGGUCCACAACUGAUUAGACAUUUUUAUCAGUCAUUAAGGAUGGCUAUGUGCAUAUGGAAACAGAGCUCCGUGAUUCCCCUGACAAAGUUUUAGCAUGUAUGGGGCUUGCAAUGCAUCAGGUGAGCCCUUUAAUAUUUGUUCAGAUAGGUGAUUCUGAAAAAUGUGAAAUUAUAUUUUCAAUGCUUAAACAAUUUUUUAAAAUGCUUUCUUCUACAUUGUAAUUGUAAUCUACAAAUGGAUUAUUUUUAGUUUACCUACUACAUGACACACAUUCAGUGGUUGAUUUAACAUUGGAAACAAUUUAAAGUAUUUUGUUCAAAGAAUGAGAAAUUGUAGGACAUAAUACCAAAUUAAAUCUGUUUAUAAAUAGAUUGUCUCCCACAAGCAUCAACAAGAGGCAAGUGCAGUCCUUGAAGAGCUUGGUGGACCCCAACACGACACCACAAAUUACUGCUCUCCAUACAUUUUUCCCAGGGUACUUAACUUUGGGUCACCCCUUGCUCUAAAAAACUUCAAAGCUAACUGCUAUGGUCAGUAG